GCAUCUCAGGACAUCACCUUCGAGCAUCCCCGUACCGAUCCCACUGUCCCGGCAGUUCUCGACACCUUGACCUUGGUAUCUUGGAGCUCGCACAUCAGGCUUCUGAUUGUCCUCUCCUCUUCCUUUCUCUGCGGCACCUAGACUGGGGCCUCUCGUAGAGUGGAAAAGCGCCUGGCCGUCUACCCACGCCUUGAUACUACCCCUCUUAUUUUCCAACUCUCAUCAUCGACCAGCAACCCCGCCCACCUCCAGUUACAACACAGGCAGCACCAUGGCCGACGUUGAUAUGACCGAUGCCCCUUCAACAUCUACAGCCCCUGUCAAAAAGGCGGUUGGCAAGGCCAAAGCUGGCGCCGAAGGAGGGGAUGGCAAGAAACGGUUCGAAGUCAAGAAGUGGAACGCAGUGGCUCUCUGGGCUUGGGACAUUGUUGUCGACAACUGCGCCAUCUGUAGAAACCACAUCAUGGAUCUAUGCAUCGAAUGUCAAGCCAACCAAGCUUCAGCAACUAGUGAGGAAUGCACAGUGGCUUGGGGUAUUUGCAAUCACGCCUUCCACUUCCAUUGCAUCUCGCGUUGGUUAAAGACUCGCCAGGUGUGCCCACUUGAUAACAGAGACUGGGAGUUCCAGAAAUACGGUCGUUAAGGGAUCACAGGAAAGGGACAUAAAGUGACGAUGGAAUACAUGCAUGAUUACGACCAAGAUAGCAAUGAAAAGACU